GAUUCGCCAAGUGUUAUGAGAUGACAGACUUGACAACAAAUAAAGUUUAUGCUGCAAAAAUCAUUCCACACAGCAGAGUAGCAAAACCUCAUCAAAGAGAAAAGAUUGAUAAAGAGAUUGAGCUGCAUAGAAUGCUUAAUCACAGACACGUUGUCCAGUUUUACCACUACUUUGAAGACAGAGAGAAUAUUUACAUUCUUCUGGAGUACUGCAGUAGAAGGUCAAUGGCUCACAUCUUAAAAGCAAGGAAGGUAUUGACAGAACCAGAAGUACGAUACUACCUCAGGCAAAUUGUGUCAGGGCUAAAGUAUCUUCAUGAACAGGAAAUCUUGCACAGGGAUCUUAAACUAGGUAACUUCUUCAUUAAUGAGAACAUGGAACUAAAACUGGGUGAUUUUGGCUUGGCAGCUAGGCUGGAACCACUGGAGCACAGGAGGAGAACAAUAUGUGGCACACCAAAUUACCUCUCUCCAGAAGUCCUCAACAAACAAGGGCACGGCUGCGAAUCUGACAUCUGGGCCUUAGGCUGUGUAAUGUAUACAAUGCUCUUGGGAAGACCCCCGUUUGAGACCACAAAUCUUAAAGAAACAUACAGAUGUAUAAGAGAAGCAAGAUACAGCCUGCCUUCAUCUCUCUUGGCACCAGCAAAACACUUAAUAGCUAGCAUGUUGUCAAAAAAUCCUGAAGAUCGUCCCAGUUUAGAUGAAAUAAUUCGACAUGACUUUUUCUUACAGGGAUUUACACCGGAUAGACUUUCUGCUAGCUGUUGUCACACCGUUCCUGAUUUCCAUUUGUCAAGUCCUGCUAAAAAUUUCUUCAAAAAAGCAGCUGCUGCUCUUUUUGGUGGUAAAAAGGAUAAAGCCAGAUACUUUGACGCACAUAACAGACUAGCUAAAGAAGAUGAAGAAAUCUACAAGCUCAGGCAUGAUUUGAAGAAGACAUCGAUAACCCAGCAGCCCCACAAACACAGAACAGAUGAGGAGAUCCAGCCUCUUAUCACAACAGCAGUGAAGCCGGGAGCAUUGCCAGAAACUAAGCAGAUUGGAGACUCUAUUCGGAUGAUAGUCAGAGGAACUUUGGGAAGCUGCAGCAGCAGCAGUGAAUGCCUGGAAGACAGUACCAUGGGAAGUGUUGCCGAUACAGUUGCAAGGGUAUUGCGGGGAUGCCUGGAGAACAUGCCACAAGCAGACAGCAUUCCCAAAGAACAGCUGACAACAUCCUUCCAGUGGGUUACAAAAUGGGUGGACUACUCUAACAAGUAUGGCUUUGGGUACCAGCUGUCAGAUCACACUGUUGGUGUCCUUUUCAACAAUGGGGCGCAUAUGAGCCUUCUGCCAGACAAAAAAACAGUCCACUACUAUGCUGAACUAGGCCAGUGCUCUGUCUUUGCAGCCACAGAGGCUCCUGAACAGUUCAUUAGCCAAGUGACUGUACUGAAGUACUUCUCUCACUACAUGGAAGAGAACCUUAUGGAUGGAGGCGACUUGCCCAGCCUAACAGAUGUACGCAGGCCCAGGCUUUACCUCUUACAAUGGCUUAAAUCUGAUAAAGCAUUAAUGAUGCUCUUCAAUGAUGGCACGUUUCAAGUGAACUUCUAUCAUGAUCACACGAAAAUCAUCAUUUGCAAUCAAAGUGAGGAGUAUCUCCUUACCUACAUCAAUGAAGACAGGAUAUCCACAACGUUUCGUCUGACAACUCUUCUGGUUUCUGGAUGCUCAUUGGAACUAAAACACAGAAUGGAAUAUGCUCUGAACAUGCUGCUGCAACGAUGUAACUGAAGGGACUGGCUCUGUCAAACCAAAUGGACCUUCUUGUUCACUGUGAAAUCUACAGUGGGGAUAGUGGAGCAACUAGUAUGUUGAUGAUGGAUGUGUGGUGGUACGAAAACUUGACUGUCGUAGUGUGCUGGGCACACAUAAUUUAGAAGCCUAAACAUACUGUUGGACUAAAAUGGUGUGACAAGGAGUUCUUCGGACCAUAGUUUUCCUUGAUUCAUGAGUGUGUUAAAGAUAUUUUUUACUUGAACUCUGAGCAGAGUGUGACUGCUUGCUCAGUAAGAGCAUUUCUGAUGGAGUUAAACUGUGAAUAUGCAUCUGGAAAGGGAGGGAAGGCAGAGCUCCAUUGUUGGGGGAUAGCUGUAGUAAGCAGCUUCUGGCUGCUUAACUGUGAACUAUGGCCAUACACUUUUUUUUUCCCUUAUUUUUCAAAAAUACCCACACUUGUGGCUGGCAAAGUGCAUUCCUUGUUAAUAAUUUUUUAUUUAUUACAGCCUAAAGUGAAGUAUUUAUUACACAACCUUUUUUUUUUGGACUUUGGCAUUUUAAAUAUAAAUCUGUUGGCAAUAAAGAGAAUGGAAAUCUGAA